UCAAUGAGAACCACAUGCAGGAUGAGGGAGGCAGGGCACUGACUAAACCAGCCUGACUAAGAGGAGCUGUGCUGAAAGAAUCCCUCUCACAUUUUCACAAGGCAGCAAAGGGGAAAGGAUCUGAGAGGAAACCCUAAAACACUGCAGAAAGGCAAACGAAAAAAAUUAUAUAUCCUUCCUGGAAACUCACACCACCCCAGCAGGAUUGUUAAAGAAGAAAGACUUAUUUUUAACCACUAGAAACAAGAGUUUACGCCAGGUGUUCACUGCAAAAGCUUUUUGCUAGCAAAAGACAUGUCAAGUGCUAUCGUGAGAAGGAACUCCAGCAAGAUAGGUUUGCAAAAUCUCUUAAGGCUGACAGCUCAGAGGAGUAUCGAAGAUGAGGAGGAGAUAGCAAGAGAGCGUCGUCGCAGGGCUCGGGAGGGGUUAGGAAGCCAGAGCAGCUUCUCCAGCACCAGCCUCACUUCCCCUGAUAAUGCCUCACCAGAAGAGGAUGGCCUGCUUGAUUGUGAGUUCAAGCCUUCUUACCCAGUAACCAUGGAAGAAGACGAGGGCUUCAGUGAUUGGACCCAGAAGCUUGAGCGUCGCAGGCAAAAACGCUUAGAAGAUCAAGUCCAAGGGGAGGAAGGCACUCUGAGUGAAGCAAAGCUGGUGCCAGCGCAGAGCCAGAGGAAACUGGAUGAGCAGAAGGAACAGGAAGAAGAGUGGGGGAGGAAGGAGAAAAACAGGAGGGAUCUGCAUGCAAAAUUGAGAGAGGAGACCGAGCAAAGGCAACAAGAGAAGGAGAAGGGUAGGUUGAGGAAAGAGGAAGACAGGAGGAAUGCAGAGAUCAAGAAGAAAGAAGAGGAACACAGAAAGGAAAUGGAAGAAAAGGUUAAAGAGAAGGAUAACCAGGUUAAGGUUUCGUACACAUCUAGAGCGUUCUUGCAGCAGGAAGUCAUACAUAUCCAUAGCAACGGCAAUGCAGCUGAAAAGGAAGUGACAUUGCAUCUUACUUCACCUAAAAGGACACUAAGGACCGCUAGCCAGUCCCAGGUAGAUGACGAUGAGCAGGACGUGUUCACCGAGACAGUGCAGAAGCUGGAGAAGAUCCGACGCAGCCACGAGGAGAAGGAGAACCAGGAGUACGAGUGGCUGCGGCAGAAGCAGGCGGAGGCCGAGGUGGAGUUGGAGGAGCUGAAUAAGAGGAGGGAGGAGCGACGGCGCCUGAGGGAGGAAGAGGAGCGCCGGCAGGAGCAAGAGGAACUCGAGAGGCAGGCCAAGGAAGAGGAAGAGAAAAGACGAAUGAAAGAGGAGAUUGAGAGACGAAGGAUGCAGGCAGCAGAGAAGAGGCAGAAGACUCUGAGCACCUCAAGCUGUGAGGGAGACGAGCCCUUUAGUUCUCUGUGCCCCAAGAGCCCAACCUUCAAGAAUGAGAAUGCGGAGAGAGUAACGGCAGGAAAUACCCACUCGAUUAUCGAGAGAACAGAUUCUUUAAAUCGCUCCCUGAAAAAAAGUAACAGCAUUAAGAAGAUACAACCCCAGGUACCCAUCUCCAAAAUUGACAACAGACUGGAGCAGUACACUCAUGCCAUAGAGAGUUCUACCAAGGAAGCUAGAGCAGCCAAACAGUCCCUAAUGGACAUUCCACAGACUGCUGAACUGGUGGCCUCUAAGAAGAGCCUGUGGGAGGGAGGUGAAGCCUUGAGUCCUUCCUCCUCCAAAGGAACUCCAUGCAAGGAUACUGAAGGCCUGAAGGUUGGAGUGUCAGACCUCAUUACUCAGUGGGUGAAAGGAACCCCAGACGGAAGCAGCAAGAACACUCCCUCCAAACCAUCUGAUGUAAUGGCAGGUGAUGUAUUAAACAAAAAGAAUAUAUGGGAAAACAAAAUAGAUUCAACUCCCUCGGCUAAUAAAGGAUCCACACUGAAAAGCACACCAUCUGGUAAAAGGUACAAAUUUAUUGUGAGUGGACAUGGCAAAUAUGAGAAAGUUCCAGUCAGUGAUGACAAUCAUGCUGAAUAUACAAAUGAUGAAACAUACCAUGAAGAAUCCUGAAAAUGUACUGCACUGAUUUCUUUUUCAUUUUUUAAUUUAUGAACUGCCGCAAGGUGGUUGUUGUAGCUGAUAUUAUCCACACUAUUGCUACCUUGUCUCAUCCCAGAUUAAGCGAUACAUAAUUUUACUUGUCUUUAACAGCUUACUUUGUUGUAGAAUUUCUAAAAUAAUCAUGAUGGUUAUUUGCAUCUCAGUUAUUGAAAAAAUUAUUAUUAUGUUUGCUGAAUAACAAUGCUAGUGUUUUUUUUCUUCAUCAUUAUACAUUGGC